AUGAAUAAAUCAAAGAUAAUUAGUUAUCUUGAAGAUAACAUAGAUAGAAUAUGUGUCAGUUUAGUUUGUAAAAGAUGGUUCAAUGAAAGAGAUAAAUAUCUAUAUUUUAAUACCGAUAGUAUUAGAAUGAAUAAUUUUAUAAAAGAAGAAGAUGGAAAUUUUGAUGAAAAUGAAGAGGAUGAAGAAAUUAUUAAUAAUCGUAAGAAUAGUCCUAAUAUAGAUGAUAGAAUUUCACAAAAUAUAACUAAAUUUUAUUUAGAUUCAUAUGAUGAUCUUUUAAAUAAUAUAAAAUCUAUCUAUGGAAUGAUAUCUAAUUCAAAUGUGUCCAUACUAAAAGGAAUAUCAAGUUUAUCGAAUUUGGUAAUUGAUUAUUCUCAAACACUUCAAGUUGGAUCUCUUCCUCCAAAUCUCAAAGUUCUUGUUCAUCUUGGAAAAAGUAAGAUAUCAUCAGAUGGAGUAUUACCACAAUCACUUUGCACUUUGAAGUCACCUAUAUCAUGGAUUCCAUUCAUCAAAUCACUGAACAAUCUUACAACUCUAACACUUUAUCAAAGUGAUAAUUCUAUUAUCACAAUUGACUUGUCAGAGCUUCCAGAUUCUCUCACAAGUUUAAAGAUUCUUUAUUUCUGUCGUCUUAUCUCAACUCUAUCACCUUCAAUCAGAUAUCUCGAUAUACACCAAACACAAUAUGAUAUCGAUGAGAUAUUCAAAAAUCGAUCACAAUAUCAUUUCGAAAGACUAACUAUAAAUGGGUAUAAACAAGAAUCACUUGACAAUAUGAAGACCAGAGAGUUGAAAAUCGAUUGGUGA